GGGACUUCCGGUGUCUGACGGCCACAGAUGAUUGACAGUUGAAUUGACCAAUAGGCCGCUUGACAGGUGGUGACGUCAACAGGCGGGAUAUCCGUAGUAGUAAGCUAGCUAAUAACAUGGCGAAGACUUACGACUACUUGUUUAAACUACUUUUAAUCGGCGAUUCCGGGGUCGGGAAGACGUGUGUGCUCUUCAGAUUCUCAGAGGACGCCUUCAACUCAACGUUUAUCUCCACUAUAGGUAUUGACUUCAAGAUAAGAACAAUAGAAUUAGAUGGCAAGAAGAUCAAGCUACAGAUAUGGGAUACAGCAGGACAGGAGAGGUUCAGGACCAUCACAACAGCCUACUACAGAGGAGCCAUGGGCAUCAUGCUAGUAUACGACAUUACCAACGAGAAGUCCUUUGACAACAUCAAGAACUGGAUACGAAACAUAGAAGAGCAUGCCUCUGCAGAUGUGGAGAGGAUGGUCCUUGGGAACAAAUGUGACGUAAACGACAAGCGUCAGGUGUCCAGAGAAAAAGGAGAGAAGCUGGCCUUGGAGUAUGGUAUCAAGUUCAUGGAGACCAGCGCAAAGUCCAACAUCAACGUGGAAAAUGCCUUCCUGUCCCUCGCCAGAGAUAUCAAAGCCAAGAUCGACAAGAAGCUGGAGGGCAACAACCCACAAGGCAGCAGUCAAGGAGUCAAGAUCACGGAACAGCCCAAGAAGAGUAGUUUCUUCCGCUGCUCGCUCCUGUGAGGCAAGCGUCCACCGCCGCCAUGCACCAUCGCCUUAACUUUUGUCCCUCACUGGACACAACUGGACGGAGACAACUCUGAUCUCACGUAACGUCUUCCUCCCGCUCAGCCUCUUGCUUUUCUUUACCAGUCUUCCACCUGUACACGCUCAAUCAGAUACCUUCUGUACAUUUGACUGACUUUUAAGAACACAUUUACACCAUUAGCUUUUUCUACGGCGCUCCUGUUUUUCUUACAAAAAAGUGCCCGCUUAAGUCGACGUUGACGUAAAUUUGUUGAAGCCAAAGGGGGUCGUCUCUAUUUUCUGUUAUGUUGACAUGUGUUGUAGUUCUUCACUUGAUCAGCAACAUGACUACUCUGUUAUUGCACAACAUUAUCACAUGCACACAG